AUGCCGAGCCUUGAGUUGAAGACGAACGUCCCGCUCUCUGAUCCCAAGAUUUUCCUCUUAGAGUUCUCGACGCUCGCGGCAAAGACCCUGAACAGGCCCGAGGUCUACAUAUCUGUUAGCUAUAACUACCACGAAAACCUCACCUUCAACGGCUCAUUCGAUCCGGCUUUCCUGCUCACCAUCACUAUCCUGGGCGAUAUGAAGCCGGAACUGAACGAGGGCUAUAGCAAGGCCUUCUUCAGCUUCUUUGAGAGUAAGCUUGGUAUUCCGGGCGACCGUGGCUACAUGUACGUUCCUUGUUGGAACCUCUACGUGCACUAUGCUGAUGGAACUGCAUCACACUCAUAG